AUGGUAGCUGAUUUAAUGUAUAAACUCCGUCAGGCACGCUGUAUCUGUGGUGAUUGCUCUCAAUGGCAAUACCGCUUAUAUACUUUUGUUUUUACCUUUUUAAAGUUCUGGUGUGUGGGAUUAUUUUUACUGCGUUUGGCUUUUCACUUUUGCUCUCACUGGUUGUUUGUAGGGAUUAUUGGCAUGAGUUUUAUAGAUGAUAAUGAUUUUGCCGUGGACGAGGAGAAUGAGGAAGAGGAGGCAGUCGCUGAAUCUUUAUCCCGAAGCUUAGAAACCGGAGAGGAGGAGGAGGAGAUCUCGGCGGAAGAGGAGGAAGAGGAGAAGGAGGGGACGGAGGAAGAGGAGGAAGAGGAGAAGGAGGGGACGGAGGAAGAAGAGGAAGAGGAGAAGGAGGGGACGGAGGAAGAAGAGGAAGAGGAGAAGGAGGGGACGGAGGAAGAGGAGGAAGAGGAGAAGGAGGGGACGGAGGAAGAGGAGGAAGAGGCCGAAGAAGAUAAGGAAGAAGAGGAGACGGCGGCGAGUGAAUUGGAUGUCAGUUGCAACGACGGUAAUAAAGAAAAUACAUUGGCGUCAAGUGUGAGGCCAAAUCCACAAAAAGCACCAGAAGCUACGACCGUUUUCACCUCUUCUUUUGGCAGCCCGCAGGCCUCCAAAGCCACGGAGGCUCCUCUUCAGAGCAGCCACUUAAUAUCGUCAUCAUCACCAUCAUUGACGCCGUUUUUGGGGGUGGAAGGUGCCGGGAAGUCAGAAUUGGUUGUUCCGUCUCCAGCGCAGGCCCCAGCCAGGCGGGUGCGUCUGUCGCAUCGGUUUCUUGAUUUCCCAGGAAAAACGGCGAGUUUGCGUGAGAAACGUCAGCGAUGCCUUUCGUUAAGUGAAGAGACGAAAGCAGCGAAGGCGGUGCUGGCGACCUUUGAACUUUCCCUGCCGACAACACGGUUUGAUGAGCAGUUGGGGAACAUUUUGUCGAAUUUGUUGUGA